UUAUAUAUAUUACUUAUGCCAUCGUUUAUGGGACGACGACGUUUUUGGCCCGUAUAUGUUGGGGUUGGACUUUGCUAUGGUGGUCAAAUAGCCCAAAAAAGGAAAAACAAAAAGAAGAAAGAAAAAAGCAUUUGUGAUUUGUUGGUGACGUCGAGACUCGAGGGGGCUGAGGCCAUUGGUACCGAGCGAUUGCAGAAGAGGAAAAUGCUGAGGGUCGCGGGAAGAAGGCUUUCAUCUUCCGCCGCAGCGUGGCGGUCGUCGUCGCAGACCACCCCCGCCUUCGUCUCCGGCGGAUCCCAUCCGCUUUUCAGUACCAACAACAACAGCGACGACUCUUCCUCCGAUUUCGCUUCCAGAUCCCCCGCCCCCUUUUUCCUCAAUUCCAAAAUUCCAUCUCUCAUUAGAGGAUUUUCCUCUGAAGCCCUCGCUCCUGGAAAUGAUAUUGGUUUUCUCUCAGACGUCCCAGCUACCGUGGCAGCUGCGAAGAAUCCUUCUUCAAAAAUUGUGUAUGAUGAGUACAACCAUGAAAGGUAUCCACCUGGUGACCCCAGCAAGCGUGCAUUUGCUUAUUUUGUCUUGACAGGAGGCAGAUUUGUGUAUGCCUCCUUAAUCCGGCUUCUCAUCCUCAAGUUUGUACUGAGCAUGUCUGCCAGCAAAGAUGUUCUUGCCCUUGCUUCCCUUGAGGUUGACCUAUCGAGCAUUGAGCCUGGUACUACUGUUACUGUCAAGUGGAGAGGGAAGCCUGUUUUCAUUAGGCGUAGAACUGAAGAUGACAUCAAGUUGGCUAACAGUGUAGAUGUUCAGUCCCUUCGUGAUCCCCAACAUGAUGCAGAGAGGGUUACAAAUCCAGAAUGGCUUAUUGUUGUCGGGGUCUGCACUCACUUAGGGUGCAUCCCCUUGCCAAAUGCUGGUGAUUUUGGUGGUUGGUUCUGCCCAUGCCAUGGUUCGCACUACGACAUUUCUGGCAGGAUCCGCAAGGGGCCUGCACCAUUCAAUCUAGAGGUACCCACUUACAGUUUUUUGGCGGAGAACAAGCUACUGAUCGGAUGAGAAUUGCCUGGCAGUCUUUUUUCUUUUUUCUUUUCUGGUGCAUCAUUUGACAUGAGGUUUCAUAAUUCAUAGCUUCCUCUACAUCAGGGAAAGUGAUGUUUGCAAACUUAAUACUUUCUUUAGUCAUGAUUUACACAUUUGGAUUCUGUAACACUGUCGGUUCUGGAUGGAGUUCUGAUGUCUGAAUAAUACAAUUAAACUGAUGUUCACCA